AUGAUCAUCACUUCCAUCUUCUUGUUCUCAACUUUGUUCAUCUUCACAGGCUCCGCAAAGGUAGCUGCAAGUACAGAUGAAACACAACUACUUGAACAGCUAUUCCUUGAUUUGACCAUCGAUGAAGUUGUCAAUCGAUUGCGCGGCUUGACAGUCAAUGAACCGUGGGCCACUGAGUAUGUCACUGCUAUCCGGGAGAAAAGAUUUGGCGAUGCCAUCUGGGCACGACACCACGUUACCGGCGCUGUCCAGAAUGGCACGUUCUCUGAGGUGAACCAGACUAUCUUUCAAGCAAUCGAGAACGAUGCCAUCGGAUAUAGAACCUACUAUCCUGAACAAUACUCGGAAGCUUUAGCCAUUUACGCCAACACAAGUAAUGCCGAUACGCGCACCGACAUUCUGAACCUCAUAUCAAAUGCCAAGGCUGAAACAGUCUCAGAAAUGGAAAAGCGCGUGACAUACGGCAUCAAGUGCAGCGCGGAUCACCUCGCCUACAGAUCGAGCUGUUAUCGUCUUCUCGAACUUAUGUCCCAGGCAAAGACUUAUAUCGGAAACACGAGACGUGUAUAUACCUAUAUGUCGUGCAAUUUGAGGGUCGGUCCGUACGGUGGUGGAACCCCUGAUGUCACGCAUCAUACGGCUCAUCUUGUGGCUCGCCUGAUCGAAGAGCAAUGUAGUCGAUGUCCAGCACACUGUGAUGCAGUCAAGGUGUCGGGAUUUUCGCCGAGGAACUCUGGACAUCGGAAAAUCUGCCUCAGCAGUAAGGAAGAUGGCUGCCGUUGA